AUGCUCCUCUCUAACUCCCCCAUCCUUCUUGCCGCCUUCAGCACGAUCAAUGCGGUCGCGCUCAGCAAGCCCGUGCAUGAUCGCGGCUUGUCCUCUCGGGCCACUGCCAACGGCACGUGUAUCUCUGCUCCAGAAGAUUCAUGUCUGUCGCUCGUCGGCCUAUGCGUUACUGGCAUUGCUUCCGGACAGGUAUCCUCCACGGCGUUCUGGAGUGAUCGCACUUGCACGGCAGCAGCAACAUGCGCUGGGAUAGGUGCGGUUCUCGAUGCCGCAUGCUGCGCAGGAACCUGUCACCAGCCUACCGAUAUCAGUAGCCUCGACUAUAGCAACAUAUACUUCGGAAUGGUUGGUGACUGUGCGUUCCAGCCAGGCGGCUGUUCGCUUACUUGGCAACCCUUCGUCGACUGGUUCUACAACACGAUUCAAGCCACGGACACAAACAUCUACCCGGACGACGGCGACCUCGUGCUUGGUUGGUGGGCGGACAUCGCCACCUGGACCGACUUCUGUGAGGGCGACAGCUGCGCUGACAGCGCAAUUCCAUAUACGAACUUCAAUGACUGGUUCCACUUCUCCUCCGCCGUGAGCAUCACUACCCCCGGUACACCCCAAUACGUUCCACCGGUAGAGACUACAACGAGGUUUGCAAACCUCUGGGAUAUCGGGCCAGGGAGGUAUCAAACCUCCCAACCCACGCGGUCUUAG